CGUAGUGGGGGAACGCGUCUGUAGGAAUGUCUCUCUAGGUCAACAGCAGUAGCGGCAGGAGUUCCAUGCCGGGCAGCUGGUGAUCGUCGCUUUCCCGAGCGCCUCGCUUCCCAACCGUAAUCAGCUGUUGUUAAAGAUGUCGGGAUACCUUUACGAGAAAGCACUUGCCACACUUCUGCUACUUUGGCUGAUGAGUCAGGCGUGUAAUAGCUCCAAGAUUCUGGUGGUGUGCCCGACGCCAUCCAUCAGCCACCAGAAGCCUUUCCACAUUUUAACCAAAGCUCUGCUCCAGAGAGGUCACCAGGUCACGUUUUUCACCGCCAACCCACUCAAGAUUUCUCACGAAAACCUGACGGAAAUUGACUUAUCCGUUGGAUACAAAAUCAUCGGUGAGUUGGAUUUCGUGAAAAUGGCAUCGCAGUCACCUGCAGAGAGUAUUUCGUUUAUUCGAUCUGCUUCAAGAACUAUGAUUCCUUGGCAACUUAAUGAACCUGCAGUGCAAGAUUUCCUCAAGAGGAACCACACAUUCGACGUAAUGAUUAUGGAGCGGAUUUUGUACCAGGGCUACUACGGGCUCGCCCACAGGGUCGGCUCCCCACCUCUCGUCGGGAUGGUGACGCUGGCAGCCUUUUCGCCUCUGUAUUACGCCAUGGGGAAUCCCAUGAACCCAGCGUACGCACCCGACGUCUGGCUGGGAUUCUCGGACCACAUGACCUUCUGGGAACGGGUGUACAAUGUGUUUUUCUACCUGAGAUGUUAUUACUUGUGGUUCUGGGAAACAUUUCCAGAGCAGGACGCCAUCAUGAGACAAUACUUCGGUCAUGACCUUCCAUCGGUGUACGAGACGGAUCGCAACUUCAGCCUCCUUAUCGUCAACAGCCAUUUCUCUAUGGAGUACCCUCGUCCGCACCUGCCCAACAUCAUAGAGAUCACUGGUGUUCACGUAGAGACGCAGCCCAAGCCACUGCCAAAGCGUAUUCAGGAGUUUAUGGAUGGGGCAGCGAACGGAGUGAUCUACCUCAGCCUCGGAUCUAACGUGAAGAGCAAUGCCUUGCCGUGGGAGAAGGUCAAGGCAUUCCUGGAUGCGUUUCGUGAGCUUCCACAGCGAGUCCUCUGGAAGUGGGAGAACGACUCGUUGCCUGGACAACCAGAUAACGUGAUGGUCAGCAAGUGGCUGCCGCAGCAGGAUGUUCUCGCUCACCCGAAGUUGGUCCUCUUCGUCACGCAAGGAGGCCUUCAGAGUAUGAAUGAAGCCACUUACCACGCUGUCCCGUUUCUCGUCAUCCCGUUCUUCUCCGAUCAGGAUCACAACGCUGCCAAGAUACAGCAGGCGGGGAUAGGGUUAUGGCUGAAAUACAGUGACGUCACCAAGGACACGGUGCUUCACGGUAUACGUGCUGUUUUAGAAAAUACAAAGUAUAGAGAGAACAUGAGGAGGCUGUCGUCGAUAUUCCGCGAGCACAAGGCGGACUCUUUGGAGCGCGCCGUGUGGUGGGUGGAGUACGUGAUACGUCACAAGGGGGCCCCGCACAUGCGCAGUGCUGCCCUCGACCUGCACUGGUGGCAGCUGCUCCUGCUCGACGUCACCGCCUUCGUCCUGGUGGCAGCGGCUGCGGUUCCUGCUGCCAUGUUUUGUCUCGCGCGACGGCUGUUCAUCUUAGCAAGGCCGAAAGAGAAGAAACAUUAACGCUCCAUUUGGGGGAAGACCUUGUGGAGACCAAACUUUCCACGUUCAGCUGCCUGUAGGAACUGGGAAGUACGGUUAUAACAAUAUCGUUUGUUUUGUUAUAUCUGUGCUCGCUUUUGAAGUAAUUUCUCAGUAUGAAGAAUCGCGCUCUAAUUUGGUAGGCCCUCUGAUUGGCAGCUGGCCUGCACCAGAGUUCGUCUGUCUUAUGGAACAAGUGACAUUGUGAUAACAUAUUGUUGUGACGCAAUCUGGUGAUAGCUACCUCAUAUUGUGUGACACACAUGAGUGAACACUCCAUUAAUAAGUUGACGAUUCAUCGAGAAAAAUUUCCAACAGUUAUUGUGAUAACUAUAUAUGAAGCUAAUAUUUCCUAUAGUUGUGAUGUAGUACCAAUGUAAAGCAAGUCCUUCAUUAAUAGCGUCGUAGAGGUUGUGAAUAACUCAUACUCAGUGUAACAUCUGACACUUUCUGGUUCUAUGACAUCAGAGUUACAAUAUCCCGUAACAAUGGGGCGUUAUUGUGGGAAGAAGGUGAAAAACAAAUGAAAAUUAUACUAAAAGCGUUGUUUAUGACGCAAUUAAAACAGAACUCUCAGUUAAGGAAUGGAAAUAAACAGUAUAUUUUACAAUAGAGAUAUCACUGGAUUUUACUUAAGGAGGGUAGGACGUCAAACGAGACGAUUUGGAGCAGGAGAGGCACCACAGGACAUUUCAAUUUCCACUGACUAUACUUUUACAAAUAAAUUUAUAAAACUUUGUCAGCAUGACCAGGAAGGAUUCAGAAUUCACACUCUUAGCAGUGGAAGUUGUAAAACAUAACGAAACAAUUUUUUAUACAUGUGAAAUUUCAUUUUUUUUCGCUUACUAAUGACAGCAUUUGUUGCUAUAGGUACACUUUUCUUUAUAAAUAAGGGAGAUUCUUCGAUAAAUUUUGCACAGCAUACAAACCAUACUUAAAGGUGUAUAAAACUCUAGAAGUUUCCAAAUCUAUUAAAAACUGUGGUAAAAAUUGAGGUAAUUAACUACAAAAUUAGUUUUUUUCUAAACAUGAAGAUUAAAAUACAACAGCUCAUUCGUUUUUUCAUAAAUUAAAUAAAUUCUAGAGUUUCAUGCAACUGUAAGUAUGGUAUGUACGAUGUUCAAAAUUCAUCGAAGAAUCUCUGUAACUUGAAAAGUGUACCUAUAACAACAAAUGCAGCUAUUAGUAAGUGAAAAAAUGAUGAAUUUUAACACGCAAAAAAAAUAUUUUGUUAUGUUUUCGAACUUCCACUGCAAUGAGUGUGAAUCCUGAAUCCUUCCUGGUAAUGUUGACAAAGUUUUAUGAAUUUAUUUGUAAAAGUAUAGACACUGGAAAUUAAAAUGUCCUGUGGUGCUUCUCCUGCUCCAAGUCGGCCCGUUUGACGUCCUACCCCCCUUAAUCAGUUUGAGGAAACUACGGAAAAUGGUGCAGUUUUUACUUUAUUAUAAAUACUCGUGUUAACCUGUAAAUACUGUAUUUAGUUUCCAUUUCUCUGGUAUACGAGGCUAGUACCUGAAGCCACUGCACUCUCUUGAGCGAUAUCAACCAAUUGACCUCAUGAUACUCUGACAGAUUUCUACCAUAAAAGAGCUGUCAUACGUUGCAAUAAUAAUGAAUUCAAUUUCCAAUAUCACAAGGGCUGAACGCCAAAGUGUUUUCUUAAACAAGAACAUGGCUGGUAUCCUGAUGCUUCCUUAUUCGAUUUGAUGAUGUGCUUUGUCUGUGAUGUUUCUGUUGUCGACACGACGUUUAAUUGUUUCCCUAUUUUGUUUUAUACAGUUUGUAUGUCCACUUUAUAUUUACAGCAAUCCAUCACAACAGGGUAAUGCUUGAUGCUCGACAUCUGAUAGUAACAAAAUAAAGAAGUAGAAGAAGAAGAAGAGAAAAGGAAUAACGAGGUGAUACAGAAGUUUAAACAUAGAACAGACCAAGAAAUAAGAUCAAUUUGAUAAUUAAAUCCAAUAUUUCGCCCACUAAAGAGCUUUAUUCUUUUCUACAGUUUUUAUUCCCUCUUCUAUGGGGUCCAAUUUCUCAGGAUUUGUUAAAUUUUUAUUUUAUUAUCAAACUUUGUUCCUAGAUGCACUUCCUGACUCCACAGUCCUUAAGGCGACCAAAUAGAUGGAAUCGUGUCAGACGUCUGUGAAACGCGUAAAUUUUGUUCUUUGUAUUGAUGUGAUGUAAUUAUAUUUUGCCUUAGACAAGGACACAAGCUGAAAUAACGGAUUAAAAUAUUUGUUACAAUA